AGUAGUAGUUUGUCAACUUCACGCGAUGUAAGAAAAAUAUACUUUUAUGCAGAAAUUGCAUUUAAAAUAAAAAUAUACAUAAUUAUUAAAAAAUAGCAAUUAUGAUAAAUAAAUCUAAAACAAUUUAGUAUAAAUUCUAGAGAAAUAUGCAAAUGUAUUAUUGAAAUGUAUUUUAAUAUAGUGAAAUAAAUUAUUUUGUGCACAAAAUUUUCAGUGGUUUAAACACAAUUUUGCAGACAAACAAUAACAAAUCUCACGCAAUCGUUAUUAGAAAUUACUCAAUCAACAAAUACAGACAGCACGAAUUAUCUACUACUAUUCUGGAAUUGCACAACUUGUUCAACAUAAGUAAUCAAACAACUUUAAACAAAGAAUUGAAGAAAAAAAAUGGACUCCUUUCUGAGUCUCUUUGAUCCAAAUCAACCGGAUGAUGGUUUUGAUGAAGAACCCGAUAUACGUAACAGCAAUUCGAGUGAUUCAAAUACAAACAUCAGUAGUGGUCAAAGUGGCAAUUCUGGCGGCAGUAGCAGUGAAAGUGAAUUGGAUAGCCGCAAUAAUAAUAAUAAUAACAACAACAACAACAAUAGCAACAGUAAUACAAAAAUAAUAAUUGAUUUCGACCAAGGUAUAUUGCCACCCGAACCACAAUUAGGAAAUAUUGAAUACAAACUAAAGUUAAUAAGUCCGUCAAAGCAAAGAUUUGAACAUUUGGUAACACAGAUGAAAUGGCGUUUGAGAGAGGGACAUGGUGAAGCCAUUUAUGAAAUUGGGGUAUCUGAUUCCGGUCAUCUGCAUGGUCUCAAUGAGAAAGACAUGAAUGCCUCUCUAUGUACGCUCAAACAAAUGGCCCAUAAAUUGGGCGCCAGUACAUCGGUAUUAAGGCGAAAAUAUGUGGCAGGCCGCAGAUCAGUAGCUGAAGUUUUGGUGCGAAAAAUUCCAGAUGAUCAGCACAAUAUAGAAGUGAGGGUAGCUGUUUUAGGUGGUGCCGAUGCUGGAAAAUCCACACUAUUGGGUGUAUUAACGCAAGGUGAAUUUGACAAUGGCCGAGGAAGAGCGCGCUUGAAUAUGUUUAGGCAUAUGCAUGAAAUACAGUCGGGUCGCACAUCCUGUAUUUCACAUGAGACGCUGGGUUUUGAUCCCCAAGGCAAUAUAAUUAAUUACAAAUAUAAUGAAAUGAUGACGGCAGAAGAAAUUAGCGAUCGUUCUACAAAACUAGUGACAUUUAUGGAUUUGGCCGGUCAUCGGCGUUACAUGCGCACCACAGUUCAAGCUUUAUCUGGAUAUUCACCACACUAUGCCAUGCUGGUGGUGUCCGCAGGCGGUGGCUUUAAUGGCACCAGUCAAGAGCACUUAUCAAUUGUGCGAGCUUUGGAUAUGCCCUUCUUCGUAGUCAUAACAAAAACAGACAUCACAUCGCCAGAGCAAACUAUACAAGAGCUAAAGAAUUUGCUAACCUCUAUCGGUUGUCGGAAAGUACCGUUUGUUGUGACAAACACUGACGAAGUUAUAUCGGCUGGUUCGAAUCAAUUUUCCGAAAACAUUGUACCCAUAUUUUGUGUAUCUAAUGUAACGGGCUCUGGCUUAAAUCUAGUCACUCGUUUUCUCUAUGUUCUUUCGCCCGGUGUUAGCAAUUCGGAAAAGGAACGCCUUGAACAGGAAUCAUGUGAAUUUCAUAUAGAUGAAAUAUUUCGUGUAUCUGAAGUUGGUCCAGUUGUAGGUGGUUUAUUGGUAAAGGGUGUCCUAACAGAAAAUAUGCCUAUGAAAAUUGGACCACUACCUUGUGGUAGUUUUCAUUCGGUUACUGUUCACACUAUACAUCGUAAUAAGGCACCAUGUCGAGUUGUUAGGGCUGGUCAGAGUGCUUCACUAUCGUUUACACCAAAUCAACAAUUACCAUCGCUACGUAGUGGCAUGGUUUUAUUAGCUGACUCUGGAAAUAAUGACGAUGAGCCGUGUGGUACGCUAUUUUUCCAGGCCAAAGUAUCGGUAUUAUUUCAUGCUACUGCCAUUUAUGUGGGAUUCCAGACAACUGUACAUAUUGGUAGUAUAAGGCAAACAGCCAUUAUACGCGGCAUAAUGGGUGGCGAGAAAAUUGGCACUAAUGACAGUGCAUCGGUGAUGUUUCAAUUCGUUGGCCAUCCUGAAUAUGUACGUCCCGGCAUGCGAGUACUAUUCCGCGAAGGAUCAAACAAAGGAAUAGGCGUGGUAACACAAGUUUUCCCCCUUAACAAAGCCAUAGGACAGCGUUAAAACGGUCGCAAAACUAAAAUAAUUAUAAUUGUUACAAAGUACAUUUUACCUAAGUAGUAAAAAAAAACUCUAUAGUUAUACAAAAACAAAACGUCUAUAUUUCGGAAUCCCUCAAACAAAUUGUACCUCAGAUAUUGUAGAAAAACGAAAAAUAUAUCAUUUUUCACUUUGGACUUGAAUAUUUUUAGUAUAGAAAUAUUUUAAUUUACCUUAAAAGGAAUAAGCGAUGUGCACAUUUUAGAAAUGUUUCUUUUUUAUAAAAAAUAUAUACAUACACAUAGUUUUUUGUGUAUAGAUCCUGAUAAAUAUUUAAUAUUUCUUUCAGUAAAUUAAGGAAUUAUGAAGUAAUUUGUUGUUGUUUCAGUUUUUACUGUGAUUUUUUAAGUUAUUAGUACAGACAAAUUAUAAGAAUUAGAUUGAAUAGAAUAAUUUUUAUUUAAAUACAUUAAUAUACAUAUGUAUAUAUUUUAUGUUUAUCAUAUCAUUCUUUCAUUGUAAGAGACUAGCCUAGCAUGUAUUUAGAACGAAUUUAUGUUUCCUUUGAGAAAUUUUAGUUCAAUACGAAAUUCAUAUCACAUUUAAAAUAAUGAAUUUCUUUUCCCUUUGAGACCUUCAAGAUUUAUGAUUUGUUUGUCUUCUAUUAAUGAAAAUGUACUUAAAUGAAAUAAGUAUUCCCCUAUAAGCAUCUCCUUUUUUGUUAUCAAAAUUAAUAUUUUACAAUAAAUAAUUGUAUGUAUAUAAAAGAAUAUAAUUACAUUUACGUAUAUGACUCUACAAUAUUUGAAUUUUAUCCCAUAUAUUACACAAUGCUCUCUAUAAUUUUUUGUGUUCAAAGAAAAAAAAAAAAAUAAUUAUAAUUUAAAUAAAAUAUUAAAAAAAUAAACAAAA